AUGGCGAACUAUCUCGCCUCCAUCUUCGGCACAGAGCAGGACAAAGUCAAUUGCAGCUUCUACUACAAAAUCGGCGCCUGCCGCCACGGCGACCGCUGCUCGCGCAAACACGUCAAGCCCUCCUACUCGCAGACGAUCCUCCUCCCCAACCUCUACCAGAACCCCGCCUACGACAACAAGUCGCGCAUGAACCCGUCGCAACUCCAGAACCACUUCGACGCCUUCUACGAGGACUUCUGGUGCGAGAUGUGCAAAUACGGCGAGAUCGAGGAGGUGGUGGUGUGCGACAACAACAACGACCAUCUGAUUGGGAAUGUGUACGCGCGAUUCAAGUAUGAGGAUUCGGCGCAGAAGGCGUGCGAUGCGCUGAAUAGUCGGUGGUAUGCCGCGCGGCCGAUCUACUGCGAGCUGAGCCCUGUGACGGACUUUAGGGAGGCGUGUUGCAGGCUCAACAGCGGAGAGGGAUGCAUGCGUGGAGGAUUCUGCAAUUUCAUCCAUCGCAAGGAGCCGAGUCCGGAGCUGGACAGGGAUUUGGAGCUGGCGACGAAGAAGUGGUUGAGGCAGAGAGGCAGAGAUGAGAGGAGUGAGUCGAGGAGCCCAAGUCCAGAGCCAUCGCGGCCGAUGUACUAG